AACCGUUGGCUUGAUUGCCUUGCUUUUGCUCGCUUUGCUUAACCUCCUCUACCCAAGGUGUGCGCCGGAGCCUGAACAUGUGGUCAUGUCGUGCACUGAAUAUGUAGUCAUGUGGAUUCAGCUGUGCUGCCGCGUUGAUCUCAUGCAAUGCGGAGCGAUUGGGCAGGAAAUUUGAUCCGAACAAACACGUGCAAACCCGAAGAGCCGGCGCAUCAAACCGUGUCUUUGCUGUCGCUGCCGUCCGAAAUCGGCGCUUCCGAUAACUAGGGCGACCCGGGACUCCCAAGGGGACUCAAAUCUUUGAGAUAAACAUUCCCGCCGCUGUCUCUACACGUGGUUGCCAAGGCGGUUGGUAGAGACGAACCACUUCGACGGUUAGUUUACGGCGCGUUUUCCGCAUUGCUGUCCGUACGGAGCUUGCGAUUUAAGGGCGUUUGACGUGCGCUAGCGUUGGAAACGGCUUCGAUCGGAAAUGCGGCAGGCGUGGAACCUCUACGCGCGUGUGAUGCGCGAUCACCCGGUGAAGACGCAGCUGAUCACCACGGCGACCGUGAUGCUUUCGGGUGACCUGAUCGCCCAGAAAGUGCUCGAACGCCGGUCCAGCAUCGACGUUCCUCGAGCGGCCAGGUUCUUCGUCAUGGGCAUUGCAUUUGUCGGCCCUGCUCUUCGCGUCUGGUACUUCACGCUUGAACGCAUUGUCGGGAGUGGAGGUGGUCGGGCACUGGUCAUCAAAAAGGUGUUCCUCGACCAGGCCCUGUUCACCCCAGUGUUCUUGCCGAGCUUUCUGGUGACUCUCGGUGCGCUUCAGCGACGCUCGUGGGAGAGCAUCAAGCAGACGGUGCGGGCGGACUACCUGCCUAUCCUGAAGGCAAACUACAUGCUCUGGCCUGCGGCGCAGCUCAUCAACUUUAGAUUUGUGCCUCUCAGCUACCGAGUGCCAUUUGCGAGCUGCGUGGCGCUCGUCUGGAACACAUACUUGGCCUGGAAGGCCAACAAGACGCAUAAGAUAUAGUGGAUACAAUUAGUCUUGAAAUGCAUCGACUUGUCAGCGAGUGGUCCAAGCACAGGUUUCAGUGCCAGCUAGACCAAAGCCAGCUUUUCUUUUUAGGCAGUGUCGUCUGCCCAUGAUGCCACUAGAUGUCAUUCGUGACUUCUCGGUUGUUUACAGAAUUCAGUUACAUAUAUUGUUGCCUUAGUGGGCAAAUGCGAAUGGGUAAUUUGGGGUACGCUUGUGCCCACCGUAAAUCUGAUGUCUGAAGUUUUGUUAACCUUAAUGCAAUGGCACGAAAAAGACGAGGACGUUAAGACAAAUGAAAUGUACACCACAAGUGCCAACUUCCAACUGUGCUUAUUUGGGAAUUGACGCACCCAUCUUAUCAAAAUUCAACAAAUAGCAUCAAGUUCCCUUGCCGAUAAUCAUUAACACUUGGCUUGCUACGCAUACAAGUGCCACUACAUAUCAAUUUUUAAACAUGCCCUUUUACGAAUUCUACUUUACUUUGCGAUAAAUGAAUUGAUGAAGUGCUAACGCAUUUUCUCUCUUGUUUUUGAUAAAAAAUGCCUCAAUGAUUCCAUAUGUUAACAUUUCCCUCGCUCGUUUCAAGAAUGCCGUGCUGUCUAGAUUUGGAUUACAGUCGCAUUUUUUGCAGUGGUCAUCUAACGUGACUGCCACAAUAGUUGCGCACAUUCAAGUUGUGUUCUCUAGCCUGGUCGUUGAAACAGCGAUCGGAUUGACCUGUGAAAUCUUGUGAAAGCUUAGUGAAAUCCUAUACACUACAUGUGAAAUGCACUUCACAUACCUAGUCACAUGUUACUUAACCCAUUUUCUUUUUCCAUCUCGAUUUGCUGAUGCGAUCACUCAUAGCUUAAGAGGAGCUGAAAACAAAACAUCGACAUUAUAUCUGGAUGCCACCUUCUUUACAUUAUGUGCAAGUCUGUGUACGUACUGUGUCACCUGCACAGGUUUUUUUUUCAGUUUUUUUUCUUUAUUUGUUUUGGAUGGAGCAGGCUUCAACUUUUGUAGCAGUGAUACACUUAACUGAUGAUAUGAGACCAGAGGGGUAGUUCGACGAUUUCAAAUGGUCUACUUGGCUAAAAAAGCUUUCUGAAAUGCGAUGGCUGCAUGGUUUUGUUGGAGAAAAGUACGAAUUGUUAGAAAUGAUGCCUUGCUUCACAAGUUUGAAAUGUGUGAUGUCAAACGAUAAAAGGACUUUCUCUGACCUAGGAUUAUGCAUACAGCAGAGGUGGUCAUUAUUAAAAACGAGUUCAAGAUCUAAAAAUUGGAUUUUAUUCUCUUGCGGCACCUCAUUGGUGAAUUGAAAGCCUUCCCCUUUUUCUUUGAAAAUUUGAAGCACUUGUUCUACGGCCCUAUCAAAACAGGGAUCGGGGAGUUCGCUUUAAAAGUACCCUAUGAUCGUCUACAUAUCUGUACGCCUUUACGACAUGCCUCGAGAUAAAAUUUUAAUAGCACUAAAAAGUAAUCAUUUGUGAUUCCAGCUCCACUUUGAAACUUGACUUCAUCCGGUUCUGAAAUUAAAUUCCUAACUGCACGGAACAAUGCUGCAAGCAGCAGAGAAUGGUACAGGUUUUUAAUGUCUACAGAAAGUCUCGUCAUUUGCUGCCCAUCCACACUGUCGAGACUUGUCACAAUUUCCGGCGAACUGUGCACCACUUAGGGUCAUUGUUGCUGAGGAAGCUCAGGUGACGUUGAAGGUACUUGCUAACUUCUCUUUGCAAUACACCUUCUCCAAAGACAAUUACUCUUAGUGGGCAGUCGGGUUUGUGUGUUUUUAUCUUGGAGAAUGCUUCUAAGAAAGAUUUUCCCGCCUUUCCAACUCUUUUUCUAAUGAUGCCCAGUUUUAAGUUCUUUAGGCAGCUCUAAGGCCAACUUCUUCUGCUGUUGUGGUUCAAAACUGGUUAGAUUGAAGCUCUUUUCCAUGAUUGUUUCUGCCUUCUGCUGGAGCAAGGCUUUAGGUAGCACAGCAAACCUGCCUUCCUUGUCAAAUUCUAUAAGAGACAGGUCAUUAUCCUUCAGAAGUUUUGCUAUCCUUGUGAUAGGAGUUUUGGCUUUCAGCCUGCAACUUACAGUUCGUUUCAGAAUUACUACGCUGUCUCCAAUAGCUCUUUCCUUGUCCUGGUCUGCUGCCCGUUCCGUAACAUGACGAACCAUGAAUAGCGCUGAGGCCUUCACAUGCAUGGCUCGAAGCUGUGUUUUGGUCCCUCGCUGGAAAUUAUUUUGAUUGCCGGUGGUACUGAGGCGUCAUCGAAAAUAGUGACAGCAUUUCGUUCGAGGUUGUGGAAGUACUGUGCUGUGGAACAAGCUCGGCCACUGCCUUUUGUUUCAGCUUGUGAAAAAGAUAUUUCAUUCAUCUAUAAAGACAGUUACAUAUUAUCCAUUGCUUACUUGGGAGGCAACGCUGCAGAAUCUAUACAAGUAGUGCGGCCAUUCUCGCUCCGUGCAUUUUGCAGUGCAGUUGUGCUUGAUGUGCAAUGCUUUCUACAGCAUGGCUAAAUCAUAUAUUAAGCGAAGCUUUAUAGGCUCAAAACUGUCGGUGAUGGUGGUGGUGUCAUGCUGAAAUCUGGGCCGAUCCUGGUGAUUGUGCAGAAAGGGUCCAAGCUCAAUGGCUCAUACCCCCUGUGGGCUCGGCGACCUGUAACACGCCCUUGAACUACCUUGUCACACGUGGGACCCAAAGAGACAAAAUAACCAGCCCUUCCCCUGUCGAGAAAAUGAGGGUAAGCAAAGCUUGCCGUCCGAUUCUAGCACGAGGGCUUCUAAAGCCCAGGCCAAACAUGAGCAAAGAGCUGCCAACCCUGAGUUUAGGGCAAGCGAAGCGGAAGGCCUGCAACAGUGUCGUCUUGCCGCAAGCUUCGCUUACCCCCACUUUCUCGACAGGGGAAGGGCUCUGAAUUUUUUUUACAACUACAGCUGGUGGGACUAAGAUUCCGCAGUGUACUAUGUUUUGAUCUCGAGCGCCAGCAGUGUGCUGUGCUCACUAGCCGCAGAAAUGUGCGACCCUGCUGACUUGGUGGUGAAUAUGCUCAGACUUGCAACUUCUUUCACGUGUUGAUUACCACAUAUUUUGGGCCAAAAGUAAGAUUAUAUAUCUUACACUAGAAUACAUGAUGCACACAUGUCUCUUUGAUAUGUGACACACCGUUCUUUAGUCACAAAUUCAAACAGCAGUUUCCAUGGCCUUUGCAGCAUUGCAUGCUAUAUAUGAAAUGGAGUAUCAUGCUACAUUGUUGUCGUAGUGUGUGAAUGCAAAUGGGUAUUUGGGGUACACUCACGCCCAGCCACAAUUCUGAUGCUGAAAGUUUUAUUUGGCAAAACGAAUCGGGGUUCCUUUGUGAUGCCGUUGUCCUUGGGAACUAGACGUUCCAUUUCCCUAGACACACCUUGUGAGGAUCACUUCAGCAUGCCGAAACUGUGACUUCAGAUAUCAUGUUGCAUCAUAUGCCAACUAGGCAACGGCAUGUCUCAAUAUUAGAAGCCAUUCAAAGCUGUUGCACUUGCUGUGCUUUGAUUGCAUGUUAAGUUUAAAGUAGUCUGUAAAAGCCAAAUAAAUGAUGUUUCGCCAUUUUCUGA